UCAAAUGGCAUUUCUAGCUAACACACCCGCUCAAAAACACUCAUGGUUUCCCAGAAAUCUUAGCAACCACGGUCUUAUGUCCUCUGCAAAAAACCCAUGUAGCCAAUCUCUUAGUCUUGGUCCUAUGAAGAUUCAGGCUAGCAAAGUUGCAAAGGCAUCAUCCGUUGAACCGAAGCUGCAGGAAUACAUGGUGCUCCCGGCAGCUUUCCGCUUCGAAGAAUACAUCGCAACCAAAGCUAUAAAGGUUAACAAAGCGCUAGACGAGGCGGUGCCGUUGCCGGAGAAGACGCCAAUCAAGAUUCACGAGGCGAUGAGGUACUCACUUCUGGCCGGAGGGAAACGAAUCCGGCCGAUCCUCUGCCUCGCCUCGUGCGAGCUGGUCGGAGGGGACGAAGCGGCGGCCAUCCCCAUGGCUUGCGCGGUGGAGAUGAUCCACACCAUGUCCCUCAUCCACGACGACCUCCCCUGCAUGGACAACGACGAUCUCCGCCGCGGCAAGCCCACAAACCACAAGGUCUUCGGCGAAGAAAUGGCCGUUCUCGCCGGGGACGCCCUUCUGUCCCUCGCGUUCGAACACGCGGCGGCGAAAACGACGGCGGAGAAAGUUUCUCCGAGCAGACUGGUCCGCGCCAUCGGUGAACUGGCGGCGGCGGUGGGGACGGAAGGGCUGGUGGCGGGGCAGGUUGUGGAUCUGAGCAGCGAGGGGAAGGUGGUGGACUUAAAGGAGCUGGAGUACAUUCAUAUCCACAAGACUUCAAAGCUUUUAGAGGCGUCAGUGGUGUGCGGCGCCAUUGUGGGCGGAGGGAGCGUGGUUGAGGUGGAAAGACUGAGGAGCUACGCGAGGUGCGUUGGGCUUUUGUUUCAGGUGGUGGAUGAUAUUCUUGAUGUUACAAAGUCGUCGUCGGAGUUGGGGAAGACAGCGGGGAAGGAUUUGAGCAGUGAGAAGGCGACGUACCCGAAGCUGAUGGGAGUUGAGAAGGCCAGAAAAUUUGCAGAUGAGCUGGUGGAGAAGGCCAUUCAUAAGCUAACCUACUUUGAUGCUGCUAGAGCAGCACCACUCUAUCAUCUUGCCUACUAUAUUGCAAAUAGACAAAAUUAACUUUAACUUGUAAUUUAAUGGCACCUAUGUUUAUUUAUUCUUUGUACUUUAAUAGGUGCAGAU